AUGUCUCAGCCCUUCCGAUUCCUCGAUCUUCCGGUCGAAUUGAGAGAACGAGUGCUCGAGGAGGCCUUCUGUGGAGAGUAUCUCAAGAUCGAUGUCCCUCGUUUCGCAAUGAGUCGCUACCGCACGCUCGGAGAACGCCAGCCUGGUUCAGAGGGAGCCGAGUUACCGGGCAUCCUGCUGGCAAAUAAGCAGCUCAGGAACGAGGCUCUGCCCGUCUUCUCUCGUCAAAUCACGGUCAAAUGCUACAUGAGGGACGACGACAUCAAACGAGGUCUGAAUCCGCUGAGGCACUAUCUGCAAGGCGUCAGAACAGCUGAGAUAGUGUGGGGCCCACUUCAUGAAAACCUACGAGAACACAUGCCCAACCUCGAGAAGCUGGUGUAUACUACCUUUACUGGGGAGUGGCACAAGCUCCAUCAUUUCACCUGCUACAACGAGCUUGAAGAAGUAAUGGCAAAGGAAGCUGAGGAAGCAAUUGGGUUUUGCGCCUGCAACGAAAAACAUGAGCAACAGAUAGACCCGACCGACGUUUGGUACACAAAGGACCUCGAAAAAGUGGAGUUCCCGUACGACCUGAUUCUAGCGGUCCGCGACUACGAACUUGGCUGCCACAAGCACCGCAAGAGUUACAUAUGGGAUCCUGAUCGUGUCAUGAUCGAUUGGAAGACGUCAAAGAUUAUUGAUCCCCCGGAGAUAUUCAACUGUGGUUGCAAGGUCAAGGACGAUUCAACUUACUUCGGUGCGCAAUGA